GGACUGGUCCUGCUUGUGUGACCUGCUAAAUUCACCUUUUCCACCGGAGAUGGACUCAGUAGAAGCAGUAGAGAAGAUCUUGAACUACAGUUUCACGAACAAGACUCUUCUCAAAGAAGCAAUAACGCAAAAAUCUCCUUUAUUCGACCGGCUUGAGUUCUUCGGUGACUCUGUUCUUGAGGUCGCCUUCACUAAUUACAUCCGCCAAACUUACCCUAACCUCAAAGUCAAGGAGUUGCGUGACUUACGAACUGCUAAUGUAAGUAACGAGAAGUUCGCUCGUGUCGCUGUCAAUCACAAUCUCCACCACUUCCUUUUACUCCAGAAUCCUUCUCUACUUAAAAAGGUUAAAGAGUUCGCAGAGGCGGUGAGGAAAGAAGAUGAUCCAGUUCCUUAUGGUGGAUUGGUGAAAGCACCAAAGAUUCUUGCUGACAUUGUAGAGUCAAUAGCUGGAGCUGUUUUUAUUGAUGUGGAUUAUGAUGUACAAAGACUCUGGGAGAUCUUUAGGAGUCUUUUGGAGCCAAUAUAUACACCGGAGGAUUUACGGAUGCAACCUAAACCACCAUUUCUUACGCUUUUUCGUUUGGUUGAUAAACACGGCAAGCGAAUCGACUUCAGGUAUUCGAAAGAUGACGACAGCAAACAACAUAUUGCUGAGGUAUAUCUUGAUGAUAUAUUUAUAGCUUCUGGAUGUGCUAAACGUAUAGAUACCGCAAAGCUGUUUGCUGCUGAGGAAGCGAUACGAAAGCUGGAAAUUAUGCCUAUUGAAAAGAUUAUCAAUGAGGAUAGUCCACAUGUUGAACCUGAAGAUGUGAAAGGGAAGUCGUUUGUGAUUUGCUCCACUGAAAAUCUCCAAUUACAGACUGAAUCAUCUUCUCUGUCCACCGCCUCUGAGAACUCUUUAGCCGAUGAAAUGACACAAGAAGAAAUGGUUAUUGAUGAGGAUAGUUCAGAUGUUGAACCUGAAGAUGUGAAAGGGAAGUUGUUUGAGAUUUGCUAUACUAGAAAGCUCCAAAUACAGACUGGUUCCUCUGCAAACCCUUUAACCUAUGAAAUGACUACAAAACAAAUGGUUGUUGAUAAGGAUAGUCUACAUGUUGAACCCACAGAUGGGAGAGGGAAGUUAAUUGAGAUUUGCGCCAAGAAUAAGUGGCCGAGGCCGAUUUUCAGUGUUGAGGAAGAAAGAGGGCCAAAGAAUGAACAGAAAUUUGUUUGUUCAGUUAAGAUUGAGAUACCAAAUAUAGAAGGUACCUUUCACAUGAAGGGAGAUGCAAAACCAAAGAAAAAGCAAGCAGAAAACUCCUCAGCUUACCACAUGAUAAGAGCCUUAGAAUCUUCUCUAAUGAGUCUUGUCAUAAGUAAUCUGCAAAUGCCGGAAAGUUUAGAUAUGAAGAAUUAUCCAUCGAUGGAUUCUGAUUCAGUGGACGCAGUGGAGAAGAUCUUGAAUUACAGUUUUGUGAACAAAAAUCUUCUGAAUGAACUGCUAACACACAAUACUUCACCUUUAUUCCAGCGGCUUAUGUUCGUCGGUGAGCCGGCUCUUUCUCUCGCCUUUACGAAACACUUAUACCUCACGUACCCUAAGCUCGAACCCAAGGAUUUGUCUCUGCUGCGAGAUGCUAAUACAUGUAACGACAGAUACGCUCGUGUCGCCGUCAAAAAGGGCAUCUACCAAUUCAUUAUAGGCAAUGUUCCAAAGCCAGAAAAAAUGAUUAUAGAGUUCAUAGACUUGAUGCACAAAGAAGAUGAUCCAUACAGAGUGGUGAAAGCCCCAAAAAUUCUUGCUAAUCUUCUAGUUGCUGUAGCUGGAGCUGUUUAUAUUGAUAUCUUCAGGGGUCUUUUCGAGCCAAUAUAUACACCGGAUGAUAUAUGGAUGCAACCUAAACCACCAAUUCUUGCGCUUUUCCAUUUGGCUGAUAAACACGGGAAGCGAAUCGACUUCAGGUAUUCGAAAUAUGACGGCAGCAGAAAAAAUAUUGUUGAUGUAUAUCUUGAUGAUAUAUUUAUUGCUUCUGGGUGUGCUAAACGUAUUGAUACCGCAAAGCUGCUUGCUGCUGAGGAAGCGUUAAAGAAGCUGUCAGAAUGUUUGCUCAUCGAAAAGAUUAUUCAUCAAGAUAAUCUAGACGCUGAAAUUCAGACUGGAUCAUCUUCUUUGCUCACUGCCUCCGAGAACCCUUUAACCGAUGAAAUGACACAAGAACAAAUGGUUAUCGAUGAGGAUAGUCUAGAUGUGGAACGGAAGUUGUUUGAGAUUCGCUACACUGAAGAGCUCCAAAUACAGACUGGAUCAUCUUCUACGCCAACUGUCUUUGAGAACCCCUUACCUUGUGAAAUUACACCAACAAAAAUGGUUAUUGGAGAGGUUAGUCCACAUGUUGAACCUGAAGAUGUGAAAGGGAAGUCGUUUGAGAUUUCCUCUACUGAAACAUCUUCUUUGCCCAUCGCCUUUGAAAACCCUUUCACCGAUGAACUGACACAAGAACAAAUGGUUAUUGAUGAGAAUAGUCCAUAUGUUGAACCUGUAGAUGAGAAAGGGAAGUUGUUUGAGAUUUGCUCUACUAGAAUGCUUCAGACACCGACUGGAUCAUCGUCGUUGCCCACUGCCUCGGAGAACCCGUCAACCUAUGAAAUGACAACAAAGCAAAUGGUUGUUGAUAAGGAUAGUCUACAUGUUGAACCUGAAGAUGAGAAAGGAAAGUUGUUUGAGAUUUGCGCCAAGAAUAAGUGGCCGAACCCGAUUUUCAGUGUUGAGGAAGAAAGAGGGCAACAAAAUGAUCAGAAAUUUGUUUGCACAGUUAAGAUUGAGAUCCCAAGUAUAGAAGGUACCUUUCAUAUGAAGGGAGAUGCAGAAUCAACGAAAAAGGAAGCAGAAAACUCAUCAGCCAACCACAUGAUAAGAGCCUUGGAAUCUUCUAUAAUGAGUCUUGUCAUAAAUCCGUUCGAAGUCGAAUUUCGUUACAUAGACAUGGGGGAAAACGAUGAUGGUUGCUCGACUCAGCUAAUCGAUGGGAAUGGUGAAUUUAACGUUAAGGGUUUGGAUAAUUUCGUGAAAAAGACGAAGCUUUCUGAUUGUGGUCUUUCUUAUGCUGUUGUUGCUAUCAUGGGUCCUCAAAGUAGUGGGAAGAGUACACUUUUGAAUCAUUUGUUUAAGACCAGUUUUAGGGAAAUGGAUGCUUUUGCGGGAAGGAGUCAAACAACUAAAGGUAUUUGGAUGGCUACGUGUGUUGGUAUUGAGCCUUUCACAAUUGCUAUGGAUUUGGAGGGUACUGAUGGGAGAGAAAGAGGCGAGGAUGACACUACAUUUGAGAAACAAAGUGCCCUGUUUGCUAUCGCUGUUGCCGAUAUUGUACUUAUAAACAUGUGGUGCCAUGACAUUGGAAGGGAACAGGCUGCCAACAAACCAUUACUAAAGACAGUUUUCCAGGUCAUGCUGCGCUUGUUUAGCCCUCGAAAAACAACUCUUCUUUUUGUCAUACGUGAUAAAACAAAGACUCCGAUAGAGCUGCUUGAACGUGCUCUAAGAGAAGAUAUUCAGAAGAUAUGGGAUCUAGUUCGCAAGCCUGAAGCACACAAAAAUACACCUCUAAAUGAAUUCUUCAAUGUAAUGAUUGUUGCAUUAUCCAGCUAUGAAGAGAAAGAAAAACAGUUUAAGCAAGAGGUUGCUGAGUUGAGGCAGAGGUUUUUCCAUUCCAUUUCACCUGGGGGACUUGCUGGUGAUAGACGUGGUGUAGUUCCUGCUUCAGGAUUUUCUUUCAGCUCCCAGCAGAUUUGGAAAGUUAUAAAAGAGAAUAGAGACUUGGACCUUCCUGCUCACAAGGUAAUGGUUGCCACUGUUCGUUGUGAAGAGAUAGCCAAUGAGAAGCUACGCGACUUGGCAACCAAUGAGAGUUGGUUGGAGUUGCAUGAAGCCGUAGAAGGUGGUCUAGUUCCUGGUUUUGGCAAAAAGCUUAGCUCUAUCCUUGAAAAAUACUUCUCAGAAUAUGAUGCAGAGGCAAUAUACUUCGAUGAAGGAGUAAGAAAAGAGAAGCGUCUACAGCUGAAACUUAAAGCUUUGGAUUUCGUGCACACUGCUUAUGCUACCAUGCUGGGACAUCUACGGUCCAAUGCACUGGAAUCCUUUAAGAUCCAACUGGAACAGUCUCUAAAUCAAGGAGAAGGAUUCGCAAAAGCUGUGCGGGACUCCCAACAGUAUUGUCUGAUUGUUUUUGACAAAGGAUGUGAAGAUGCUAAGGUUAAACAAGCGACUUGGGAUGCAUCAAAAAUCAGAGAGAAACUUUGUCGUGACAUUGAUGCUCACACAUCUUCUGCUCGGACUGCUAAACUAUCUGAAUUAACUGCCAACUACGAGAAACGGCUAACUCAAGCACUUAGUGAACCUGUUGAGUCUUUGUUCGAAGCUGGUGGAAAAGAGACGUGGCCUUCCAUAAGGAAGCUUCUCAAACGCGAGACUGAAACAGCUGUUACAGAUUUUCUAGAUGUGGUUACUGGUUUUGAGCUCGAUCACGAUAAAAUUGAUGCUAUGGUUCAGAAUCUAAAGGACUAUUCUCAGAGUUUAGUGGAGAAAAAAGCAAGAGAAGAAGCUGCUAAAAUUUUAAUCCGAAUGAAAGAUAGGUUCUCAACAGUCUUCAGUCAUGACAAAGACUCAAUGCCACGGGUCUGGACUGGAAAAGAGGAUAUUAGAGCAAUCACAAAAGAUGCUCGAGCAGAGGCUUUAAGUCUUUUAUCUGUGAUGGCUGCAAUACGUUUGGAUGAAAGACCCGACAAUAUUGAGAGUACUCUUUUCUCUUCUCUCAUGGAUGGAACUGUAUCAGUCUCAUCUUCCCACAACAGAAGCUUAGGAACUUCCACGGAUCCACUUGCAUCUAGCUCAUGGGAAGAGGUUCCUCCAAAAAACGUGUUACUGACGCCAGUACAGUGUAAGUCACUGUGGAGACAGUUUAAAUCUGAGACAGAGUAUUCUGUAACCCAAGCUAUUUCGGCACAGGAGGCUCACAAGCGAAAUAAUAACUGGCUUCCACCGGCUUGGGCAAUUGUGUUGAUGAUUGUCCUUGGUUUCAAUGAAUUCAUGAUGCUUUUGAAGAAUCCUUUGUACCUCUUGGGUUUCUUCGUGGCGUUUUUACUCUCCAAAGCCUUAUGGGUGCAGCUUGACAUUCCGAGGGAAUUUCAACACGGCGCAGUUGCUGGGGUACUCUCCAUCACGUCAAAGUUCCUUCCAACUGUUAUGAAUCUUCUAAGAAAGCUUGCGGAAGAAGCGCAAGGAAAAACAACUCAGGAAGUACCAGAAUACUCAGCUUCCCAAAGCUACAGACAGCAAUCUCCAUCACACUCCAUCUCAAGCACAAUAUCUGAAUCUGUCGCAUCAAACAUAUCAUCUGCUGAUGAUGAUGCAGAAUACUCGAGCCCAGGCCCAGCACUGGUUCGGAGACGAAACACCAACAAUGUACAAGAAUCAGAGAUCACUCAACUGUAAACCAACUAGAAGUCAUGUUGGUUCUGACAAUGUUCUCCAAGAAAAUCGUACUAUAGUU